AUGGCAGACUCUAGACCAAUCCUGCAAGAAAUUAUCGCCCGACACAAGACAAUUCCACGCAUGGACCCUUCCCAGAAGGAAUACCACGGCCUGUCACUUGCAGAAGAACUCGAGCACUCCCGAGGGUUACUUCGCAAGCUUGAAGAAGAGGGUGAACGGUUGGAGAGAAUUACCUACUACGAAGCUUACCUGAGGGGAAAGAAGAAAGAUGAGGCAUGA